GUAAAAUGACGUUUCGUUACUUUUUUAGUCUAUUUCUAGUGGUAUGGUGGUCGAUUAACAAUAUUUUUCAUAUUGAGUUCUAAACAAUUUUAGCGGGAAGUUGACAAUAACUAAUUAUUGUUAAAAAUGAGUGUCGAAGAGGAUGUAAUGAAAAUUCAAAAGAAAUUAACUAAAAUGACUUCAGAGGACGGCACUGGACAAGAAGAUGCUCUUGAAUUAUUAAAAAAUCUGCAAACGAUGGCGAUAAAUUUGGAUGUGUUGACGAAAACAAGAAUAGGAAUGACUGUGAAUGCUUUAAGAAAAUCAAGUAAAGAUGAAGAAGUGAUUUCAUUAUGUAAAACAUUGAUUAAAAAUUGGAAAAAAUUCCUUUCCACUCCCAAUACACCUUCUAAAGAUUCAGGCAGUUCAUCAAAGCCUAAAAAAGAUUCAAGCAAGGAUAAAGAAAAAAAAGAGGACAGAGAAAAAGACAGAAAACUGCCAGCAUCAUUUCCCCCACAAUCAAAUACAACUGAUGCUGUAAGACUAAAAUGUCGGGAACUGUUGACGCAGGCCUUAAAGAUAGAUGGAGAAAAUCCAAAUUCUUGUGGAUCACCGGAAGAGUUGGCAGAAGAGCUAGAGGAGUGCAUUUAUACUGAAUUUAAGAAUACUGAUAUGAGAUAUAAAAAUAGGGUUCGUUCAAGAGUUGCAAAUUUGAAGGACCCUAAAAAUCCGACAUUACGUACCAAUUUUCUCAAUGGUGUAAUAUCAGCCUCGCGGUUAGCUAAGAUGACUCCUGAAGAAAUGGCCAGCGAUGAGAUGAAGAAUUUACGAGAGAAGUUCAUCAAGGAAGCAAUUGAUGAUGCUCAAUUGGCAACUGUACAGGGUACCAAAACAGAUAUGCUCAAAUGUGGCAAAUGCAAAAAGAAGAAUUGUACUUACAACCAGCUGCAAACCAGAAGCUCCGAUGAGCCCAUGACAACCUUUGUCCUUUGCAACGAGUGUGGCAACCGUUGGAAAUUCUGUUAAGACAUCCUUAAGUUACUUAGAUAAGAAGUAUUCAAAUAUUUUAACAAUAGAAUACUGUACUUCUUGUAAUACAUAUAUAUAACUAUGGAAUCUGUAUUUUUGUUUUGUCACUGUGAAUUGACUUGGCUUUAUUACUGA